CACCACUCUUUUAUACUAUGCUAAACAAUCAAAAAUUAGCUCAAGUCUAGUUGAAUGAUGUUUUAAAAAUGUAUUUUCCUUUAGUGUUAAUCACAGUGAUGUUAUGAAGUAAUGUAUGAACCUGACGUAUGAUAAUAUUUAUCUCUACAGAGGAAACAUCCAUCGAAGAUUGAGCAGUACAAUAUCACUGUGGCAUCAACAUCUCGUCAGCGAAAGACCACAGCCACACCAAACAAGCUCUCAGCAAAUACACAAGCCAAGUUACCAGACCUGAUGUUGAGAGCUGCAAACAAACAUGUUCCACAAGCAACUGUUGACAAGCUUGUCAUCAAUUUCAUAUGUGAGGGUCUACAGCCAUUUGCAGUGGUAGAAUAGCCAUCCUUCAAAGAAUUGGUUACCACAUUACAACCUCAAGCCAAAGUCAUCUCCAGACCCACUGUCCGUGCCAGAAUCUGUGAAGCUCCUGAUCACAUGAAGAUGACUUUGGUUGCAGCAUUGGAUAAAGUCAAAUUUGUUGCUACCACUACUGAUUGUUGGUCAGCUCAUCAGAAAAGUUACAGCAUGAAUGACACCUACAAGAGGCUCUCCCGUGCAACCUUUGCAAAAUGCCAGGCCAUUUGGAACAAAACUGGCCGGUCUCAUUUGGCUAAUGAAGUGGUAGAGGACAAGUGUGAGCUACAGAUCAUUCGUCCCAAUGCAACACGGUGGAAUUCAACCUACCUUGCCAUUGAAAGGAUAAUACACAUCAUUGAUGAGAAGGGGGAAGAUGCCAUCAGGAGCAUUUGUGAGGAGUUCAAGGUGAAAAUGUUGAGUCCUGCAGAAGUUGCCUUCCUUAGGGAGUACUGUACCACCAUGAAGCCACUGGUGAAAACUUCAAACAUCCUUCAGUCUGAGUCCACUUCCUUUAUGGGAUGGCUCCUGCCAGUAAUCCAACAACUACUGUCCAAACUUAGCAGGCUGGAGACAUCAAGCAAGACAUGUGUGCCACUCAUCAGAGUCCUGCAAAAUGGCCUUCAAAAGCGUUUUGGACUGAUGAUAGAGGAUCCAGAGUUGGCUGCAGCUGCAGUCCUCUUACCCAAGUUCAAGACUUCCUGGACUGACAGAGCAGAUGUAAUAGAGGCUGCCUUGGCAUACAUUAAACAACAUCUUGAAACGACGGAGCAUGAGAGUGAGGAUCAGCAAAGAGAGUCAUCUGAUGAAGAUGAAUUCUUCUCCAGACCAAUCUCCAGAAGGCUGCAAAGUGCAGCUGAGCUUGAUGGUUAUCUUGCUUGUGCCACAGACACCAUGGAGCUGCUGCACUCCUUCUCAGCCAUCAAAAACCUCUCUCUUAAACUGAACACAACUCUACCUGCUUCUGCUGCGUGUGAACGACUUUUUAGCUGUGCUGGUUUACUCUUCACAGCCAAACGAAGUCGGAUAGCCUCUGUUAAUUUAGAAAACCAGCUCUUGCUGAAACUGAACAAAAGGUUCAGAAAGUAAAGUGUGACAGAAAUGCUAAGAGUUUAAGACACUUACCUGCCUGUUGUUCAGUGUAUGGGGAAAAGUUUAAACGGUUCUACGCAUGUUCAGAAACAUUUUUGUCAUUGUUUUAACAAACAAAAUUCCUUCUUUUAUAUCUACAUUUAUGUACAAAACAAGUUACCUUUCUAUACCUUGUUCAUCUGAAAAAUGUGCUUUGAACAUAAAUAUUUAUACUGGUGAAUCGAGUUGAAUGCCUGCUAUUGACGACAGAAUAAAACAUCAGUCUGUUAAAAAGUAA